UUAAUUUUUUUGAAUUUUUAGAUAAAUACAACAUCUAAUCACUUGCUAAAUAGAGAAAACUUAAAACCAAAUUCUUUUGUUUCUUAAGUAUAUGUUGUAGCCCAAAGAGUUUGGGAAAAGGCUUGAAAAAACCUAAAUUUCUCCCUUUUCACUCUCUCUCUCUACUACAACUGUGUGACCUUCUCUCCCAGAGAUAUAGAGAGAGAGAAAGGGAAAGAGAAAGAGAAAGAGUACUGCAACGCACGUCGCCAUGGAUUCUUCGCUCUCUACUGUUCCACCAAUCCAAGGUCGCUUCGUUUUCACGGCAUACCAUUAGAGAAAACAAGCAAAGAACCCCAAAAGGGAAAAGCCCAUCUUCAUUGAUUGGAUUUUUUUUUUUUAGCUGUGGCGGACUUUAGAAGAACCCUAGCAUUCCUCUUUUCUUCAAUUUCUUGGCGGAGGGUCAGUCGUUAUAAUCUCAUAUCAAAGAAGAAGAAGAGGAAAAAGGGAUUUUACACUGUAAAAAUGUUCUGGGUCACUAAGUUUUCAGGCUUUUUCGCUGCGGCAAUGGUAAUGAUUGUUCUUUCACCAUCCUUACAAUCAUUUCCACCUGCUGAAGCUAUUAGAUCGUCUCACCUUGAAUCCUAUCUCCGAUUUCCCAGUCAAAUUACCCCCACUGUUCCCCUUAAUCGUUUCUCAUUUCGUAAAGCCCCUGUAUUCCGAAAUGCCGGUGAAUGCACCUCUAAUGACAGAAGAAUAUUGGGGAAAACUGGGGUUUGCGAUCCUUCGCUUGUUCAUGUUGCGAUUACUCUUGAUGUUGAGUAUCUUCGAGGUUCAAUAGCCGCUGUGCAUUCAAUUUUACACCAUUCGAGAUGUCCUGAGAGUGUAUUCUUCCAUUUUCUGGUAUCCGAAACCAAUCUCGAAACCCUAGUUCGAUCCACCUUCCCUCAGUUGAAAUUCAAGGUAUAUUACUUUGAUCCUGAACGAGUUCGAAAUAUUAUCUCCACUUCCGUUAGGCAAGCGCUUGAACAGCCCUUGAACUACGCUAGAAAUUACUUGGCUGAUCUUCUGGAGCCCUGUGUUAGUAGAGUUAUCUACUUGGAUUCGGAUCUUGUCGUUGUUGACGACAUCUCUAAGCUAUGGAGUACAAGUUUGGGUUCAAAAACGAUUGGAGCUCCGGAGUAUUGUCAUGCCAAUUUCACGAAAUACUUCACGACGUCGUUCUGGUCGGAACCCAGAUUUUCCGGCACGUUUUCCAGCCGGAAACCUUGUUACUUCAACACAGGGGUUAUGGUUAUAGAUCUGAAGAAAUGGAGACGGGUCGGGUACACUAAGCGGAUAGAGAAAUGGAUGGAUAUCCAGAAGACUAAUCGGAUCUAUGAACUGGGUUCAUUACCGCCGUACCUCUUGGUCUUCGCCGGACACGUGGCACCAAUUGAGCACAGAUGGAACCAGCACGGUUUAGGCGGUGAUAAUGUGAAGGGAAGUUGCCGUGAUUUACAUCCCGGUCCGGUAAGCCUCCUCCACUGGAGCGGCUCCGGCAAGCCGUGGCUUCGGCUCGACUCAAAAGAGCCGUGUCCGCUCGAUUCUCUUUGGGCACCUUACGAUUUGUACGGAUUCUCGUCGUGAAUAUCUCAUUUCUCGCCGGUUGUCAAAAUAGGGUGAGGACUAUGAAAACAGUAGUAAAGUACUGUCAAAAAUGGUUGUCAUUCACAUAUAAAUCCAAAGGCUUUGCCAGAUUUUUGCAGUCGUAACUCGUAAGGGCAAGAGAAUCCAAGAAAGCCGUGAUGUUUACUUGUUUGGUGCCAACUGCACGGAUUUCUUUUCAAAUAAACCCUUUUUAUUUCCUCCUCUAAUUACUUUCACAGCCAAAAAAAAUAAUUCAUCUAUACUAAUAUCAAAAGUUUGAUUUAUUUAUGUCAUUUUUAUUUGAGAAAAAACUUGUCCAUGACAUUAUUUAUUAACUGAAAUGAUAUAGAUAAGUCAAUCAUUUUUUAAUGGA